UCUGUUCGUUUAAUCUAAUAAUGCACGGUUUAUCUUCGAAAAUAGGAAUACAGAUAAAACUAGAAUGAAAGUUAAAUCUGGUUGACUUUAGUUGAUGCUCACGUAACAUGUACUUCCGGUGUCCCACUUCAACGUUAAAGUUUGUACAGUUUUUUAUUCUAAAUAAAACUGUACAAAACACAUUGUUGGUUUGUCCUAAAAACGCGUUUUAGAUGUAAAUUUUGGUAUCUCGUCGGAUAAAAUAAAAUAUACAUAUAAUCGGAAGUCUCCUGAUACCUUACGUGAUUCUCAUGAAAAUGGCAUACGUGCCGCCUACUCCCUUCUCGUGUAUCUGAAUUCCUGCAUAUAUGUUUCCUGACAAGUAUGAAAUCGGGACUUGUUGUGUUCGUGUUUGAUAAUUGUGGCAGUCCACACGUCAGUAACGUGAACUAAGUCCAUGAAUGCGCCUGCUAUGUACACAGCCGCAGGUACCGGAGGGGGAGGAAGUCAUUGUUUGUUUUGUGUCAUAAUUCCGAACAUCACCGGGCUCUUUUCCAUAUAAGAAUAAAAAGGGACAUAGUAUGAUUUACCUAAUAACAGUGGCAAAGCAGCAGAAACCAUUUCCACGUUAUCUUUUCCCUCACGCUGUCCCAUCGGACAGCCAGUAAUAAUGUGGGUGGGACUAAAGCGUGCAUCACCCACGGUUAACACUGAUGAACUCUUCUCUGAUACUCCGGUUGGGCUACAAUGAAACAUUUUUGUUACUUUGAAUGACUCUUUAAGCUCUUCGCCCUGAGUGUGGAGCCGCCGUGAGCCGAUCCGUGGCUCGAACUUAGCUGACAGGCAUUUGAUCAUUUGUGCAACAGAGCUAUGGCCAGUCCAGAGGACGUGAUCGAGCCGUUGGCAGAGAGCGCAGCUGCCCAAAGCCUUAAUAGACGACGCUUCUCACACGACUGCCACGAUUUGACUAAAGACGAGCUAGAUGGCCUCAUGUCGCGCAGUGAAGGACGUCCUUUCAUCGUGGUGCAUCGUCUUUCCGAAAUAGAAGAUAAGGGUAUACCUUAUUUCAUCCCUGAUGUUCCUGUUAAAUGCAGACUGGACAACACAGAGAAGCACACUACACGCUCAAGGGUACCUCCAUAAACUUACGAAAAUACCCUUUACAUUUUUUUCUUUUUGGGAUACUAAUGAAUCUUUAUAGAAAGCUCUUGAUGGGCCCAAAGUGAAAACACACACACUUAUGCUUAAUAAGUAACUCUUUACAACUGUGUAACAACAGACAAUCCCAUUUUCGAUUUUGACUCAGGACAUGCCAGGGUUAAAUUUGACUACUUUGCCAUGAUGACGUUAAGUCAUAGUGGAGCGAAAGGAGCGAUAAAAUUACAAAAGAAAACUUUAUUGCUACUGAGCAGGCUGUUUCAGGGUUUUACAGUGUGCUGUCACUUUGGCCAUAAAGGGAUCAACAUGGCCAGCAGCAAUGCUCAGUGGUGCUUAAAUGAUGCUCACUUGGUAGUACGGGGCUCAAAGUGUGACAAGAAAAUACCCCCCACACCAUUACACCACUACCACCAGCAGCCUGAACCAUGGAUGCAAGGCACCAGAGACAACAACCAUGCCACGUUCAAAGUCAUUUAAAUCAAAUUUCUUUCGCAUUCAAAAUGAUUAACAGCAGAAUUUCAUUUGUGGUGAAUUUUAUUAUGACUGUUGUUGAAUGAGUCCUAAAGAUAAUAUUUAAGUGAUCUGAAACCAACCAUAUGACCAUGAAACAGUCAGUCACAUUUAUUUCUACAUAGUCAUUUAUAUUAAAAAGCAGAAGUUCAUGGGUAUCUUAACAAGUACUGAUCUUCAUGUCACUUUAUUUGUAAGUUAACUCCUGAGUUUUAAUUGGAUGGCUCAGUCAGUUUGCAUAUACUUUCCAUAUUCUGGUAUCCACAUUCUCUGAUUUUCUUUCUCCCACAGUCCAGAACGGUGAAUGUAAGUAGAAUUAGAAACUUGUUUCUACGUGUUUUAAUCCAAUCCACAUGCUAAAUGUCUUGCCUGAUUUGCUUAUAUCCUCCGGAAACCCAAACUUUUUUUUUAAUGCAUUUUUAAUCUUAGCUAUUUGGGAUUAGCUGAUUAUAAAAACUGUCUGCAUGUGGAAACAGUGGGUUUAUUUUACAACACAGUAAAGUAUUUUCAGUGGGAGAAAGUGACUUCUUCACUGUCCAGAUGAACAGAAUCAACUUUUUGGGGUCAUUCUUUUUUAUUUUUACAAAGUGUAAAACACUUUAUUGAGUAGAAUGAAGUAGAAUGUGUGUAAAAGCCUAAAUGUAAUUUCUCCAUAUGAGGACAUAGGGUCUCAGGAGGAUAUGAAACAAAAAAAACCUUUACGCUACUUCCUGGUUCAUCUUUGAUCUGCAGCACUUACAAAAUGGCAAUUAAAAAAGGACUUUGGGUGUCUUAACUCUUAUCUUCCAAGUUAGUAUUGGGACCCUGUAUACACUGCAUCUAACACAUGGCCAGUUCCACUGGACUAUAAAGAGGAAGUACAAGAACUUUCAGGAGGUGCAUCGCGACCUUUACAAGCACAAGAUGAUGCUUCAUUUACUGCCUAUUGGAAGAUUUGCAAAGGAUAGGCAGCAGCUGAGAAAUAUGUCGGAGGAAAUGCCCAGCCUACAUGGGACUGAGCGGGCCAGAAGAACCUCCAGCAAAGUGAAAUACCUUGAGGAGUACCUGAAUUGUCUACUGGAGAACACAUUCUGUAAAAAUGAUAGCAGCAUGCUGGAGUUCCUCUCCAUCAGUCCCCUCUCCUUUGUCUCUGAUCUUGGACCCAAGGGCUUGGAGGGAUAUAUCUUGAAGAGGUCAGGGGGUCACCGAAUCCUAGGCCUGAACUGUAUAGGCCAUCAUCAGAUCUGCUUCCGCUGGUCACGCCGCUGGCUGGUGGUGAAAGACUCUUUCCUGUUGUACAUGAAACGAGAUAGUGGCAGCAUCGACUUUGUGCUGCUGUUUGAUCCAGAGUUCAAAACAAAAGUGGGUCGUGCUGACACAGGCACCAAAUAUGGAGUGUGCUUUGAGAACUUUACUCGGAAUUUGAUUAUCAAGUGCAACGGCUAUAGGCAAAGUCAAUGGUGGAAUUCUGAAAUCAAGCGUCUGGCAGAAACAUGUGACUUUCUCAAAACGCAACGCUUCGAAGGAUUCGCUCCACCGCGAGAGAACACGCUCACUAAAUGGUAUGUGAAUGGAAGUGGUUAUUUCGCUGACCUGGCUGAUGCUCUCGAACAAGCCAAGGAGGAGAUUUUCAUCACAGAUUGGUGGCUCAGUCCUGAAGUCUUCCUAAAGAGACCAGCAACUAACUACUACUGGCGGCUCGAUGAGAUCCUCAAACGCAAAGCAGAAAUGGGAGUCAAAGUGUGUGUACUGCUGUACAAAGAGGUGGAGAUGGCACUUGGCAUCAAUAGUGAGCACAGCAAGAGGACUCUAAUGAAUAUGCACCCAAACAUCAAGGUGAUGCGGCAUCCUGACCACGUGUCUUCUGUGGUGUUUCUGUGGGCUCACCAUGAGAAGAUGGUGGCCAUUGACCAAACAGUAGCCUUUGUAGGGGGGCUUGACCUGGCUUUUGGGAGAUGGGAUGACAGCCAGUAUCACCUAACUGACCUUGGUUUGACAGAGACGACCGACGGGGGCAAUGGUAUGGCUGGUGGCUCUAAAACAUCUGAGCCAGAUAAGCAAGGAGAGCAGGACCCACAUGAUUUGACUGGUAACACUAAACUGUGGCUUGGCAAAGAUUACAAUAACUUUAUCAAGAGAGACUGGGUCCAGCUGGAUAGACCAUUUGAAGAUAACAUUGAUCGUACUACAGUUCCUCGCAUGCCGUGGCGUGACCUGUCUGCAGCUUUUCAUGGCAAAGCUGCCAGGGAUGUAGCCCGCCACUUCAUCCAGCGCUGGAAUUUUACCAAGAUCUUCAAAAUCAAGUACAAAGACGACUUCUACCCUUACCUACUCCCCAAGUCUCAUUCCACUGCUGACUCUCUGCCAUUCACUGUGCCUGGGUCCAAGAAAGCCAAAGUGCAGGUGCUGCGCUCUGCUGAUCGUUGGUCAACUGGAACCUGUGAGAGCUCAAUCCAUAACGCCUACAUCGACACCAUCAACAAGAGUGAACACUACAUCUACAUCGAGAACCAGUUCUUCAUCAGCUGUUCCGACCAGAAGACUGUCCAUAAUGGCAUUGGUGAUGCAAUCGUGAAUCGAAUUCUGCGUGCCUACAGAGAAAAGAAGAAGUACAGGGUGUAUGUGGUGGUGCCUCUGCUUCCUGGAUUUGAAGGAGACAUCAGUACAGGAGGUGGAAAUGCCAUUCAAGCUAUUCUGCACUUCACUUACAGGACCAUGUGCCGAGGGGAGUUCUCCAUCCUGUCAAGACUAAGCGAAUUGAAGGAUCAGUGGACAGAGUACAUCACACUGUGCGGAUUGAGGACGCAUGCCCAGCUCUCCGAGUCACCUGUCACAGAGCUCAUCUAUGUUCACAGCAAGACCCUCAUUGCUGAUGACCGCUGCUAUAUCAUUGGAUCAGCCAACAUUAAUGACCGUAGCAUGCUGGGCUCCCGAGACAGUGAGUUGGCAGUAUUUGUGGAAGAUGAAGAGAGGGUCCCAUCCAUCAUGGGAGGGGAGGAAUACCAGGCAGGACCACUGACACUUGCUCUACGCAAAGAGUGCUUCAGGGUUCUUGUUGGAGCUGCUUCAGACCCCAGUAUAAAUAUUGACGAUCCAAUCAGUGAUGAGUUCUUCUUCUUGGUUUGGAAUGACACUGCUAAAACGAAUGUUAACAUUUAUGACAAGGUGUUCAAGUGCCUGCCCUGCAACAGUGUCCAUAGCAUGCAAGCCCUGAGGGACUAUUUAAAUGUGGCUCGCCUCUGUGACACAGACCCCGAGCAGGCCAAAGAGGAACUAAAGGCCAUCCGAGGAGUGCUGGUCCAUUUCCCCUUAAAGUUUCUGUGUAGGGAAAACUUGCUGCCUCCACGGAACACUAAAGAAGGCAUGGCUCCUGUAGGGCUGUGGACAUAAGCAGCAGCUCAGCCAUGUUCAGACCACUACAUGACAAUGCAACUGCUGCUGUACUGCAACCAUCUUUCCUGUUGUCAGCACAGUAAACAGAAGGAGUUACAGCACCAGCACUUGAAUGGUGAAAGGCGGAGAGAGGUGUUACCCUUAUCAAAUUUAUUAAUGAUCCACUUAUGAUUACUUUGUCUUUUUGAUUGACAAUGGGCUAAUGUGACUGAUGUUAGCUACUGACAUGCAAAUUUUACAAUGUCCUGUCUAUAUUAGGUUGUGCUGACCAAUUUGUUUGUGAUGUCUGCUUUAUAAUAGCUUCAGUGUGAUCUGAUCUGCAUGUCUGGCGGCGGUGCAGAGCACAGAUAAAUGAAUGUAUGAGUCAGGAGAGGAUUGCAAGGUUGUAUUAGAAAUCAAGCAUCUCACAUGAUCUGGGAACAUAGUGUACAUUUAUUGGUGCACGAUUUUUGGGUGGGUGGGUGACUCUCUCUCUCUGUCUCUUUUCUCUCACUCUCUCCCUCUGAGGCUUCACCUCUCACUGCAGUGCCAGAAAAUCUGUCAGAACAUUUGUGGUUGUUAUGGUGACGGAUAUAAAGAGAUGACUGGAUUGUAGCUGAAAUAAAGACUGGAUAGGGCAGAAUAGGGAGAGUGCUGAUAAGAGGUACAACUUACUAAAUCAGGAUGGUGCACUGGGAAAAAGGAAGCUAAUAUUCUGCUAGGGCUGCUGACCAUUUCUGGAUAUAUGAUCAGGUGGGGAAACUGUGAGAGCGGAAAGAAAAGCAGAACAAGAUAAUUAAAGGGUGUUAAGUUGAUUUCCUGCUAAUUGUUGCAUUUUUUUAAGUCUCCAUGACACCUUAGUGAAUUUUUCCCACCAUACUGUCGACAGUCCAGAACAGAACAUUCCACUGCCCACUUGAGACCACUGAAUAUCUCAGCUAUUUUUAUGUUGGGUCCAGCAUCUUUCAUGUGUACCGUAUGUUACAUUUGCUCACAGACAUAGCCGUUUGUUUAGGUCCACUAUUUUUAGCCAUAACGCUGACUUGAGUUGUGACGUGAUGUCGUUUUCACGUUCUCACUGAUUGCCAUUUUGGGGCAUCACGGGGCUGUUUUUUUGAAAUGUCAUUCCCUUGAGCUGUGACCAAGCCGCGACUGCUGUUGGGAAGUCUUUAAAUGUCUUCUACUGGAUACAUUUGUAGCAUUGCUGGUGAAAAUAGACAGGAAACCUUUACCUCUUUUGUGUCAUUGCAUUGACUGAGAUAUCAUGUAAUAAUACAGCGGGUAAGGUACAGUAUGUGCCUUAGAAAAACAGGAAUUGGAUUCUAAGGGUUGAUGGAAAAUCAAAGCGAGGGGGAAUGUACAUUUUUCUGCAACUGUAGAUUGUGCAUUUGGGCAAAACUGUAACUCAUUUUUCAAUAUCUGAAGCACUGGGCCAGGUUUUAUUACAUGCACUUUCAUCACAAGUUUUUUACAGCAACAAACAGCAGAAGGGGAUAAAGGCCAGUCUGUAAAACUUGUAAAUGGGACUCUGUUUUACAUUCCUAGCCUUGUGCUAGUGUUAUGACUACUGUGUGUGUGUGUGUGUGUGUUCUGGAAGGGGGUUGAGCCUUUGCACAUGUUUCUUUUAAAGAGACCAGAUAAAAGAUGACCCAGAACAAUGCAAUGACAGUAAAUCACAGUUAAGUGAAUAAUCCAGACUGUUGUAUGAGCUUCUGACACACACCUAUGAGUGAAAAACAUUACCUUGGCAGUUCCAUUGCAAAGCUGUCUGUGAAUGGGACAGGUGCCCCAUGCGACCAAGUCUACAUGAAGUGUCUCACAGGAUUGUUGUUCAGUUAAAGCAUCUGUGUUUAGAAAUAUGGAUGCUUACCUAUGUAAGAUAUUAAAAGACACUAUAAGCCCUUCCAUAUAUAUAUUUUCUACCCUCUUUCUUGCAGCCCAAAGUGGUUGUCUUAACUGGUGUUCCUUUUAAGUUCUGCAGAAAUGCCUGUAAUAUACCGGUUUCUCUCAUGAAUUUUAUUUUUAAUAGACCAAUAAUCAGCAUUCCCAAACCACUUUUAUGAAUUUAUUACUCAUUGAAAUGUGUUUGUAUUCAUUCCUGAGAGUCACUGUGUGAAACCUUGUCUCUGUAGAUCAAUGUCAUUACCUUAUAAUUACUAAUGUAUAGGGUUACUAACACUCAGGGGUAGAGAGCGAUGACCAAUAUUCUUACGUAGUCUUGUUAGUGCAAUUAUGAGCAACUUGUAUUUUAUUCUGUUUUUUUUAACAUGAACUUGUUUUUUAUAUCCGAAUAUCUACUCUGUUUGAAAAAUUUACUUUUUUCAGCCUUCUCUUGUAUUACUUUUGUAAACAUUAGUGCUUUCUUUUUAAAAAGAAAAGACUGCAUUCAAACUGGAUUUAAUAUAUUUAAAAAAUAAAACUUUCAAAUG